GAUACUGCGCACACUGAUUGGAUGUGGGAACCGUCGGGGGGGGUGGGGGUAGGUCCAAUUCCUGGGUCCAUUCGUAGCCAUCUAUUGCUUAGUCUUGAUUUUUGAAUCUUGAUCUGUUGCAGUGCACAACAAUAGUUAUUCAAAUAUGCCACCUGUACAAUCAAACUACAAGUCCUACUUAUUGGUCACUAAUAAGAAAAUACCAAGGACAACAGAAUACAGACACAGGAAGGGAAAAGGCAGAAGACAUAAACAGUACAAGCAGUACCUUUGCAGCACUGGUGUUGAAGUCCCUGACAGAAUUUUAGGAUGUCAUGACAGAGAACCUCCAGUUCACCAUGAUGCACCACUGCAGCCAACAGCAGGAAAAAGAAAGAGAGCUGACAGUAAGAAUGGAUCAGCUGCUGAGGACGAUGUGGUUGAUAUAGGAGAGCAUCAGACCAUGCAAGAACCAGAGGCUGAGAGACCCAACCCAAAUCCGUCACAGAAUGGAUCAGCUGCUGAGGACGAUGUGGUUGAUAUAGGAGAGCAUCAGACCAUGCAAGAACCAGAGGCUGAGAGACCCAACCCAAAUCCGUCACAGGAUGGAAAUUGUGGAGAUGACCUUUUGUACCCUGGAGCACCAAUUACCAAAGGUCAAAGUUUGCUCCUUCUAAUGGCUUACGUCCUGAGGCAUAACCUGACCGGGAUUGCUCUGGACCAUCUUUUAAGAAUUUUUCAUGAACUUUUCCCUGCACUGAUACCAGCAACCUCAUAUCUCUUCCAUAAAUCCUAUGGCCAAUAUGGCGAGUAUGUGCCCCAUUUCUACUGCCAUCAGUGUUCAAAUUAUAUUGGAACAAAAGAAUGUGGUUUGACACAGUGUGUUCUGUGUGAGACAGAAUUUGAUGUGGAAGCUAGUCUAGAAAAGGGUUCAUAUUUUUUGGUUAUCAGUUUGUCUUUGCAAAUUAAAGAGAUUCUGGAAAAUCCCAACAUCAAAAUCCAAAGACAUACAUCAACUCCAGGUUUUAUUUGUGAUGUGCAAUGUGGAGGGGAGUAUAGGAGGCUUAAAGAUAGUGGUGAAAUAGGUGAUGAUGACAUCAGUCUGAUCUGGAACAGUGAUGGGAUCCCUGUUUUUAAAAGCUCUAGAUGCCAAAUAUGGCCUAUUCAGUGCCAAAUCAUAGAGCUACACCCUACAGAGAGGAAGAACAACAUAUGUGUUCCUUGUCUUUGGUUUGGAGAGAGCAAGCCUAAUAUACAGACUCUCCUAAUUCCAUUUGUAAAAGAGCUACAGGAACUUCAAAGUAAUGGGAUCACCUGGGGAGAUGGUUGCACUUCAAAGGUGCAUGCACUUGUAUGUAGUGCAGAUUCAGUUGCAAGGCCACUUCUCCAAAAUAAGAAACAGUUUAAUGGCAUUUAUGGCUGUGACUUCUGUUACCACAGAGGUGGAGGCUCCUAUCCAUAUGUUAUUCCUGAACCCCGUCUUCGUACAGAAGUUGAGCAUUUUGACAAUGCCAUGAAUGCAACACCUCAGCAGCCCAUAAUGGGAGUGAAAGGCCCAAGUCAACUAAUGAAACUAGACAAAUUUCAAAUGGUGCAAGGCUUUGUUCCAGAAUAUCAGCAUAGUGUAUGCCUUGGAGUUACUAGACAGCUGACUUCUCUGUGGUUAGAUUCCACAAACCAUCAGCAUGGUUGGUACAUAGGCACCCAAACUGAGCAGAUCGACGAAGUGCUUAAAAAAAUUUCACCACCAACUGAGAUCACAAGAGUACCACGAUCUAUGCAAGAAAGAAAGUUCUGGAAGGCGUCUGAGUGGAGGUCGUUUCUUUUGUUUUAUGCUUUGCCUGUUUUAAAUGGCAUCCUCCCCAGAAAAUACUGGAAUCAUCUUUUCCUUUUGGUUUUUGCAGUAUAUCAUCUACUGCAAGAAAGGAUCAGAGAGGCCGAGGUGGUGAUAGCCGAGCAGGCAUUGAAAAAAUUUGUCAGGGAGUUUCAGGGGUUAUAUGGCACAGCAAAUGUGUCAUUUAAUGUGCACCUCAUGACACACUUGGCUGCGAGUGUGAGGAACUGGGGACCAUUGUGGGCCACAUCCACAUUUUCCUUUGAAUCUUUUAACGGUACCCUGUUGACAUAUUUCAAUGGCACAACUCAUGUCCCUGUCCAAAUAAUGAAAAGGUACCUUAGGGAAAGGAGUCUCACAAAGAAAGGAGCAACAGUUAUGCAUAAUGCCAAUGAGUAUGUCAAAGAUCUUUUCUAUGAACUACAGGGGAGAAAGUGUUUAACUGACAAAUCAGUUCAGAUCAGUGCCCAUGUCAGAGUUUUUGGUAAAUCAGUACAGAAAGAUGUCUCGGUUUUACACAUGCUUGCAAUAGAUGACCUACUAGGUGUUAGAGUGAAACAAGCCUCCUGCUACAACCGUUUCAUUGUGAAUGGAAUACUGUAUCACUCUGACACAAACAACCGCCUACAGAAAAGAAUCAACUCUGUUGUUGAGUUGCAGAAUGGCACAUUAGUCAGAAUUGUGAAUUUGGUCGUUUCUGGUGCAACACACUGUGUUUUGGUCAAGGAGCUUGUUAAGUCUGGAAGGAAGCUGUGCAGAGACACAACACUUAAUAUUGCAUCAAGCUUUGUGUAUGAAGUGUCUGAGUGCAAUAUAGUGUAUGCCAUCCAUCCAGAGUCAUUGACACGCAAAUGUGUCAUGGUUGAAUCCAGGGAGAAGGUAUAUGUUAUUCCUCUGCCAAACAACAUUGAACGAGACUAAUGUGGCAUCAAGAAAAUUGAAUACUGCCAAGAAGUCCCAGAAUUCCUGAGACCUAU